AUGGAACAAGUGCUACAACUCGACGGCACUUGUCUUGGCCUGGACAGUUCCACCUCUAACCAACUUAUAUCAUUACUUAAAAAACUGGCCCUAGAAGGACGCACUGUCAUCUGCACCAUCCAUCAGCCAAGUGCUUUAACAUUUGAAAUGUUUGAUCAUUUAUAUGCUAUAGCUGAUGGCUGCUGUAUAUAUUCGGGAGGGACACAAAAUCUGGUGCCGUUUUUGGCAGACGUAGGACUGCCAUGUCCGGAGUCAUAUAAUCCAGCUGAUUAUUUAAUGGAAAUCGCCACCGAUGACUACGGACAGCAAAAUGAGAAGUUAAUAGCAAAAAUAGAAAAUGGACGUAACAACAAUUAUAGACAAACCAAAGCGGCCAGAAAGAAACAAUUAGAAGCCAUGCAAAAAGUUGAUAAAAUGAUGGCAUCUGGUUUGAUGACACCUGUCAUGGCUCCCAUCUUUACACCUGCCUGCAAUAGUAACAAUUCUAGCCCGGUGCCAAAUGGACAUUACCCCACCGCCACCUAUCCAAAUCACUCUAAUCAUUAUACAAAACCCCUAACACCCAUCAAAGAAAUGUCCUCACGUAUCGGUAAUAGUAAAGGGAUUUUAAAUGAAUCCAACGAUAACAGUACUACCGAAGAGACUGGCUGCUGUAAACAGUUGGAAUCACCUAAAUUAUGUAAAAGUGAAAAUAUCUACGCCACACCAUUCUAUCGUCAAUUAGGUAUUUUGCUGCUGAGAACAUUUUUAAUAUUGUGGCGCGAUAAAUCGCUAACUACGAUACGUUUUAUAAUACAUUUAAUAACGGCUCUAUUGAUCGGCUGCCUGUACUAUGGCAUUGGCAAUCAGGCGGAGAAUGCAUUAAACAAUUUUCGUUAUUGUUUCUAUUCGAUAAUGUUUAUAAUGUACUCGGCAUUUUCAUCGAUUUUAGUAAAAUGUAAGUAGUUUUUA